AUGACGAAGUUGAGAGCUAUGUUUGCGCGCUUGAGUUUGGCUAGUGAUGGUUGUUUGUUAGCUAAACUUCAAGUGAGGCCGACUUUGGCUCAACAAACUAAGGAGAAGCAACCUUUAGAUGGAGAUUUGUUGAAGAGGAUUCCUCAAGUUGAGCAUGGUGUUAAGGAAGAUUUUGAUGUUGAUGCAAAAGGUAUCUUGAAUUUCUGUGGUAGAUUGUGUGUGCCACAAGAUGAGGAUUUAAGACAAGUGAUCCUUAUUGAGGCACAUAGUAGCCCUUACACUAUACAUCCCUGUAGAGGGAAAAUGUACCAUGAUCUUCGUAAGAUUUAUUGGUGGCUUGGGUUGAAGCGUGAUGUUAUGGAUUUUGUGGCUCGAUGUUUGGCUUGUCAAAAGGUGAAAGCUGAACAUCACUUUCCUUCGAGUUUUCCACUGACUCCAUUGAAGAAGGAUUCUAUUUGGGUUAAAGUAGAUCAAUUUUCGAAGAAUGUGCAUUUCUUGGCAGUGCGUACCAAUUAUUCUUUGUAUAAGUUAGCAGAUUUGUACAUUGCAAAGAUUGUACGUCUUCAUGGUGUUCCGAUAUCUAUCAUCUCUGAUAGAGAUUCACAUUUUAUAUCAAGGUUUUGA